AAAAGGCUGCCAAUACAGAAGCACUUUGAGAGGUGCCCGGAGCUGUCUGAGGAGCGCAGCUUUGGACUUACUCAUUCAGCAGCUCACAUUGCUUUGCUCCUUUUACGGCAAGCCAAGAUGACGGUGAAAACCGAGGCUUCUGGAGCUACGCUCACUUACUCAAAAAUGAGGGGCAUGGUAGCAAUCCUUAUUGCUUUCAUGAAACAGAGGAGGAUGGGGCUGAAUGAUUUUAUUCAGAAGAUUGCCAGCAACUCAUAUGCCUGCAAACACCCUGAAGUUCAAUCUAUUUUGAAAAUUUCUCAACCUCAAGAACCUGAGCUUAUGAAUGCCAAUCCUUCUCCUCCACCCAGUCCAUCUCAGCAGAUCAACCUUGGCCCAUCAUCCAACCCCCAUGCAAAACCAUCGGACUUUCAUUUCUUGAAAGUGAUUGGAAAAGGCAGUUUUGGAAAGGUUCUUCUUGCAAAACACAAGGCAGAGGAGCAAUUCUAUGCUGUCAGGGUUCUUCAGAAAAAAGCAAUCCUGAAAAAGAAGGAGGAAAAACACAUCAUGUCAGAGCGGAAUGUACUUCUGAAGAAUGUCAAACACCCUUUCCUGGUUGGGCUGCAUUUUUCCUUCCAGACUGCAGACAAGCUCUACUUUGUCCUAGACUACAUCAAUGGUGGAGAGUUGUUUUACCAUCUCCAGAGAGAGCGAUGCUUCCUGGAACCCUGGGCUCGAUUUUAUGCUGCUGAAAUCGCCAGUGCCCUGGGUUACCUACACUCUCUGAAUAUUGUUUAUAGAGACUUGAAGCCAGAGAAUAUUUUGCUCGAUUCACAAGGGCAUAUAGUCCUGACAGACUUUGGACUCUGUAAAGAAAACAUUGAGCACUUCUUCGGCACCCCUGAGUAUCUUGCUCCUGAAGUGCUUCACAAGCAGCCUUAUGACCGAACAGUUGACUGGUGGUGCCUAGGAGCUGUCUUAUAUGAAAUGCUCUAUGGUCUGCCUCCUUUUUAUAGUUGAAACACAGCUGAGAUGUAUGACAACAUUCUGAACAAGCCACUCCAAUUGAAGCCAAAUAUUACAAAUUCUGCCAGACACCUUCUUGAGGGCCUCCUGCAAAAAGAUAGGACAAAAAGGCUUGGUGCCAAGGAUGAUUUUAUGGAGAUUAAGAAUCAUAUCUUCUUCUCCCUUAUUAACUGGGAUGAUCUCAUUAAUAAGAAGAUUACUCCUCCUUUUAACCCAAAUGUGAGUGGACCCAAUGAUCUUCAACAUUUCGAUCCUGAAUUUACCGAAGAACCUGUUCCAAACUCCAUUGGCAAGUCCCCAGAUAGCAUCCUGAUCACUGCCAGUGUCAAGGAAGCAGCAGAAGCUUUCCUGGGUUUCUCCUAUGCACCUCCUAUGGAUUCUUUCCUGUGAACAUUCUUGGGCUGAUUUUGAGAGAGAAGUUCUGAGAUGGUUUUGUGUGUGUGUGUUUCAUUUAGUUUAGCCCUUCAGCUGAGCUGCCAGCUGACCAGACAUCUUUUUAAAAAACAAAUUUGCACAUCUCUGGAAGCUUGGCAACUGUAAUUUCAACCCUACUGUUGGCUGAAAGCUUUGUGAAGAGCACAUACUCCUUUCAGUGAGGUCACAAGCUUUUCGUUUCCUUAUUCUUCCCCUCCAAAGCAAAGUGGUACUAUCUCUUUGAAACAAGCGUAAUAUUGCUGUCAUGGAUAGCCAGCGUGGAGUUUUUGUAGGAAGGAAGGUGGAAUACUGAAAGUAUUCUUGUGAAGAUCUGUAUGGCCUAUGAUAAUAGAUUUUAUGAAAUGUGCCUUUAUCUGAUGAGGUCCAUGUUAGCUCCAAAGCUUUUUUUCCUAUUUCUGAGCGUUUCAACUUUUAAAUCUUUUCCGCCCCCUCUGGGUUUACUAUGUGAACAAUGGUAUGUAUGUGUGCGGUAUGCUUACUACAGAUGGAUUUAGUUAUAAGCUUCAAUGUGACACUUGCAGGACACUACAAUGUGGGACACUGUUUGAUUCUUCCAUAUUUGGAAGAUAAAUUUAUGUGUAGAUUGUUUUUUUGUAAGAUAUAUAUAUAUAUAUAUAUAUAUAUAUAUAGUUAAUAACUAAAAUUUAUUGAAAAUGGUCUUGCAAUGACUUGGACCCAGAUGCUUGAAGAAAGCAUUGCUGCUACAAAUAUUUCUAUUUUUAGAAAGGGUUUUUAUGGACCAAUGCCCUAGUUGCAGUCAGUCAAAACUGUCGGUUUGUUUCAUUGUUUGUUUUAAAAUGUCACCUGUAAAAUGGGCAUUAUUUAUGGUUUUUGUUGUAUGUAUUGUGUAAAAAAAAGGUCUGUACAAUGUGUUAUGACACUAGUUGUAUAUUUAAACUUACAGACUUACAUGUAAUGUAUACCAUCAUUGUAAUGUACCGUGAUUAACAUGGUUAUAAUAUGUACAACCCCUUCCCCUACCACACAACUUUUUUUGUGUGGGCAAUUGGUUUGCAAUAAAAUCUUUAAAAAUA